GCUCCCGCUGCUUAGUAUGAUCAAGCUUACAAGGAGCCACGGAGUACUACGGGCAGUGCCUAUCAUCCCUUGACGUUCAAGUAACAUAUCAAGGCCCGCUCUAGCUCAGUCCACGUCUUUCCAGUUUUUUGUCUACAGGUGCAACAGUCAUCAAAACUCACCGUGUCCAAGCGUGAGGGCAGAUACACCCUUAUUAUUAUCAUAGAACUUUUACUCAGGCCAUAAUAAUGUCCACCACGAACCUCCUUCGCCGCGGCGUGUCUUUCUCUCCUCGCCUUCAUUUUGCAUCGUCGAAGCUUUUCUCGACAGCCGCGCGUCCUCAGGCUAUUCGACCUGUCAGAAUUCUGCGUAACUUUACUCUAGCAGCAACACUGUCUCUUUCAGCCUACACAUUUGGUGCUCUUUUCCCUCAUCCUUACUUCACCUUCAUAUCACCCCGACCUGCGCCAGGCCCACCUUCAGAUCCAGAAUCGCCAUCCUCGCUCGCCUACACCGCAUCACUCGAAGAAAAACUCCAGUCAAUCCCACUUCUCGCAUCUCUUCGCGCGCAGUCUGAUGCAGACGAGUGGUAUGAGACUCGUCCUUAUGCGAGGCUUUCGGAGGAACGACGAGUGAACAAUCUCACAGCGGGAGCUCUGAAAGGACCUGGAAAAUUAGCCCUGCCGCCACUGGUUAGGUGUAAAAAUGACGAGAGCGAGAGUUAUGUGUUUGUACAUGUCGGAAGGGGUCUUUGUGGGCAUGAUGGUAUAAUACACGGUGGUCUUUUGGCGACUAUCUUGGACGAGAGUUUAGCUCGAACUGCGAUCAGUAAUCUUCCUGAUAAAAUAGGUGUCACUGCGAAUCUGUCUAUCAACUACCGUGCUCCCACUUUUGCUGAUCAGUUCAUAACUGUAAGAGUUACUCUCACUGAGAAGAAGGGUCGCAAGACCAAGGUAGCUGGGCGAGUAGAGGACCAGAAAGGGACUGUGCUUGUCGAAGCAACUGCCACUUUCGUCCAACCCCGCUAUGCUCAUUUAUUGAAUAAUCAGGCUGUGAAGGACGCUAUGGGCGAACCUGAGCCAAAGAAAUCCACACCCAUCUUACUCGCGGAUGGUGCCUCAGCUCUGCCUCCAUCGCAAUCUGUUACGAAGUAGUCUUGGCUUUCAAGGACAACUGACACUCCGGGAUAUAUCUGUGGAUUAGUUUAUUGCUAGAUGGUAGAUUUGGUUCAAGAGACGAAUAGCUCUGAUAUGGUUUUUAUUUAUUUAGCAUGGGAUUUAGAGAUCGUGAUGACGAUGACAAGAUUGCACUGUUACCCAAAGACUAGAUGUGCAAUGAUAGAUAAUAUAAGCGGAAGCAAAGGAAUAUUCCUACUCAAAUCAGAAGCAGGUGGCUCCCCACUUUAUAUCUUCGCGAUUUGCUGCCAGAAACUGGAAUCUGGGUGUUGAACGUUGAAUGCUACUCAAACAUACCUCCUUGUUUUACCAGAUUAAACAGCAUUUCCAGUAUUACACUUGCUGCAUGUCAAUACUAUACUCCCUAUCUGUUAUCGUGUUAUCGUUGUACAGAUACCUCAUUGGCCUACCUGGAGGACGAUACAAUGAUGGUCGGCUGUUUACUAAAUCAACUUUCGUUUCUAGAAUAUGCCAUCCCAGUACUAUCAACUUGGGUCCAACAGACGUGAACUAUCAGUUGCGUUCUUACACUAACCUGGGAGUUUCACUAGGAGGCUGAAGAUCAGUCAAAUUUGAGUGGGAAAUCCCGUGAGGUAAGUUAUUGACAGAUGAAGCCAUCAUAAUAACAGGAGAAGAGAUGAGGUUCCGGUCUGAAGAUAUCCUGAAGGAGGCUGCUAAAUUUAUCUAUCUGUUCCCCGGCCUCGGUGGAACAUGGGAGUAAUCAUGCGUGGGGAAAGGU